AUGGUCGAUGGCUCGGCCAGCCUGUCCACCCUGCAGAGUCGUUCAUGGAUGCUAAUUCAGUGGGCAAUCGCGACAGAGCGAAAGCUUCGAUGCGACCGAAAAUUGCCGCACUGCACGAGCUGUGAGCAGGCACAAAGGUCAUGUCCAGCAUACAAGCAAAGCCUGUCAUGGCCAAAACCGAACGAUAGAAAGAGAUCGAUUGUGGGUCCUAGAACACGUCCUGCUUCACGCCUCCCUGCCGCUCAGGUCAAGGCCUCUCGGUGGAUGAAUGUUGGAAUCGAAGACAUUCGCACUCAUCUCUACAUCUCAGGAGACCAAGUAAUCCGUGGUGAGUCGUCUUCCACCUGUGGCAGGAAAAGUUUGACCUUAAGCACUUACAAACAAGGUGAGGUCUCUAAGCCUGCCCGUUCGCGUCUGUGCUUUACGUCGCGUUUGUCAUGGAUUCCUAUAAGGCUUGAUGCGUCUCAUCAAACUCUGCUCCAAUAUUUUCAACUCAUAGCUUCGUCCGCCAUUUCGUGCGACGUUAUGUCCCAGACUCUUCUUGGCAUCCUCACGCGGCUGGCUCUCCACGACGACUCGGCAGCAACGCGAGGCGUCCUGUAUGCUACUCUGGCUAUCUCUUCUCUUUUUCGGCACGGCCCAACCGAAGAAACCAUCAAACUUCAAGGCGCAGCCUUACGUGCGCUGGAGAAAUCGGCGAGUAUGGGGAUCAAAGGCUCACAGGUUACUCAACAUGUGGCUGCUGGCAUGUUGCUCUGUUCACUGGAGGCAAGUCGCCCAAUUCCUCAGAUUCACGGGAACUAUCGAAUGGCAGGAACAUGGUUUCUGUAUCUCAGCGGCGCUAAAAGGCUCAUUCAGGCUGGAGAUCUAGACAAGACGACCGUCUCCAGUGAGUUCAUCGGCGUCACAAACUGGCUUUACCACCACGAUGUGUCGGCCCAGUUCAGCCUCAGACAUUGGCGGACAAAAGCUAGAUCUACAGUGGCAGGAGGAGUUAGUUCCAGCCACCCUCAAGACGACGUGCGUGGUAAUACCAAAACUAUGACAACCGUCGUCCAGCAUCUUUCGAUGACCCAUGGAUUGUCCUCAAGCCACAGCGUCCUGUGGUUGUUGGCGGAUGUAUUUCAAAGUAUCGUCGAUUCAUCCCGUCCCCAAUAUCACAGCUCUCAAUACAGAAGGGAGCUCGAGAGUCUUGAGCACGAGCUGGAGAGCAUAUGCAACGGCAGUCACGUCCUGGAAGAUAAGCGAAUGGACUUGAGUGAGUUGCAGUCCAGCCAGCGCCGCGAGUUUGCUGUCAUGGAAAUUUAUCGGCUCGCAGCACUGAUCUAUUUGGAGAAGGCGUCUCGACACUUCUCGGGGAGUUCACCAAAGCUCGAGAUGUGGGCUGGUGCGGCUUUUGCUAUCCUGGCGACAAUGGGUGUCUUCAAGUACAAUUUCCCACUUUUCAUCAUCGCAUGCGAGGCGCGGACAGAUGAGCAGCGAAUAAUCAUUCUCGAUUGCCUUGAGAAGACGCAGGGAAGUCAGCUCAUGGCGGGGGCGGCGAUGUUGAAGGACAUGAUCCAGACGGCCUGGGCUAUGGAUGAUCUCGACCCAACAGGAGAAGUGAAUUAUAUGGAAAAGCUAGACGUGGUAGUCAGUGGCUGGGAGAGCAUGCCUUCUUUCGCCUGA